AUGGCUUACAUUAACAAGGUUUCAGCGGCUACAGCGAUAUUAUUUCUAGCGGUUGCGAUUGCUCCGUUGUUAGCUGAGCCACAGCCAUCGAUGUUCCCAAAGAUGGAUCUUGUAUGUGCCACGGUGAUGCCUGACCUCCUCCAAAAGUGUUUCGGAACCGUUAGAGACACGCCAACGGAAGAUUGCUGCAACGAUCUCAAAUCCGCGAACGCAACGCAAGUCACUUGCCUGUGCGACCACUACAUUGCUAACCCUGCGCUUGUCAACAUCACUGGACCUUACUCCGCCGGAAUCACAACCAAAUGUGGCGUUUUUGACAAAUAUUCUUGCGACGGUAAAGGAGAAGAAAAGACAGAAGAGGGAAGUAGUAGUAGCAACAGCAGCAGUAGCAUCAAUGGCAAAGACACUAACAAGAGUGAGGGCAAUGGAGGAAGAAGAGCGAACAGUGUUGCUGCAUCAAUGGCUGUUUUUGGUUUAGUUGCAAGCCUAAUAUUCGUUAUGUUUUGA